AGGCGGAGCGGAAGCCUGGCUGCGAGGGGGCGGCCUGAGCGCAGCGCCUCGGAGUCCGAGAAGAACCUCCCGCCUCCGCGCCGGUGCCCGUGCCCGUGCCGCCGAGGGCGCCCUCGCCUUGGCUCCGGCCUGGACGGACGGACGGACGAGGGACUGUGCCUUGACUCGGAGCUGUCCAAGAUGAACCAUCCAGGAGAUUAAAAGGGUCCCCCCAGUCUUUUUUCCCGUUAUUUUGGGGCUUUGGUUCCCGACGUUCACAUCCAGCUCCACCUGCGCCCUGCGUUCGGAAUGUUCCUGACACUCUCAAGAAAAAACAUGUCUCAGAAACUGAGUUUGUUGUUGCUGGUGUUUGGCUUCAUCUGGGGACUGAUGUUACUGCACUACACGUUCCAACAUCCAAGACAUCCGAGCAGUGUGGAGCUGCGGGAGCAGAUACUGGACUUGAGCAAAAGAUACGUGAAAGCGUUGGCCGAGGAGAAUAAGAGCGUGAAUGGUGAGAACGGGGCGUCGCUGGCAGGAUACGCUGAUUUGAAAAGAACUAUCGCUGUCCUCUUGGACGACAUUUUACAGCGCCUGGUAAAACUGGAGAGCAGGGUGGACUACAUUGGGGUCAGCGACGCAGCUGCCAACAUCACCAACGGUACCAGUGGGAAUCUGCUGCCAGGGACCCCCAGUAAGAGGAUCAAUGUGUCGGGCCACAUCAGAUAGCGGCCUGAGAGUCCCUCGUGCCACGGCAUGCAUCGUGGCUCAUCUCCCCUCCCAGGAAUGCUGUGCAGUCUCUGACUCAGGCAGAAGCCAUCACUGGCUAUAGAUGGUCGACACGGUGUUUUCCAAGGAGCGUGUGGGAUCUGUGGAACCUUCCUUUCUGUAUAUAAUUUAGAGAGAUGGUUGAUGUGUUACUUUAAGGCAAGUUUCUGCCUUUGCUGGUAUUUUAUCAUGGCACCAUAGUUGGUGUGAUAAGCAGGUGGGUGGAAAACAAAGCUUUCAUGUUUGAGGCGAAGAGAAAACCAUUGAAAUGACAGAGGACCUAAUUUCUAUAUUUAUUUAAGUAGGAAUAUGUCUUUUGGACAAGUGAAAAUAUUGUAGUUGAAUCAUUUUUUCAUCUUUUCAACAGACAUCACUCUUAAAUGUUAAACUAAUGCUGUUGGGAAAUGUGUAUAUUUACAGUAUUCUAUUUUGUUACCAAAUUGUCAGUAGAGGAUAGGAUAUGAUGUUGAGAAUGUUUUAAAACCGUGACCCAAAGAAUGUCUUUAUUUGCACUAUUUGCCAGAAUAUCUAAAGAGAGAUGACUGUAUAUUGAAACAUUUGAUUUGCAAAAGUAUAACCUUGAAAAAAGUAGCAACUACUGUCCAGAAUAUAUGUGCUCUAAACAUUGGAACAAUUAAAUUAUCAACAGCAAAGUGGACAUCAUCUCAUACUCAAAUAUGUUUCUUAUCCACAUUCUAAGGAAAAAAUAAAUAUUUUAAUAGCAGGAAAUUAAAAAUAAGUAAUUUAAAUGAAAUCAUGGUUCCCAGAUAUGUGAAUAUUUGCAUCGUUUCUCUUUUCAAGUUGAACCCCCUGAACAGUUUGUACUAGGAGCACUGGUGCAUCAUCUCUUUAUUCUGGGUUAUUAUUUUUUUUUCUUGUACUGAAUUAAAGGGAGAAAAAUGAAUCUAGUCAGGGAACUUCAGUGGGAGAUUUGGGGGCUCUCCUGGGUGUUUCGGGAUGUUGGGGAGGAAUUCUGGUGAAAUGGAAAGUCAGGGAAAGGUUGCUUCUUACAGGUGGACCCCACUUUCAGGAAACUUAAUGUGACAAUCUGGAUUGAUGCAUGAGCUACAUUAAGGUGUCCUCAUUGACUUUAUAAGAUGCUUCUUUUAAGUAGCAGGCUUGCAGAUCAUUUAGAGCAGGGGUGUCAAAUACACUGCCUGAACUGGAUUAAAAUGUAAUUGAGGAAUAUUUAACAAAAUCAUGUGAAUAUAUGGUUUUCUAGGCUCAUCUGUGCCCUGCAGUGAUCCCUCCUUGUAUAUGGCUUAGUGGUCCCAUUUCUAUUUGCGUUGGACUUCAUUGUCUUAGAAAAUAAUUCUAUGAGUUGAACUUAGAACUUUUUGAGAAUACAUUUAUUAUGAAAAAGCAGAAGUUUUUCAAGGACAGUUUUCAGCUCUUUUUCAUAGAAUCAGAGGAUGUAAAGUACCGGCCCAGAGAGGUCUCAUGACUUUGCCAGGAGGUAGCAUUGGUUUGCUAAGAGGGAGUUAAUUUCCAUCUCCCCGGAGCUCUGGGAGCAUCAGCAGCUGGGGAUGAGGUUCAGACAGCGAUGUCCCCAGGGGCCCACAGUGAGUUUUGAUGGGACAGUUCUAAGGAGAGCAGGCGAGAUUCACUGUCACAAGCCUCAUUGCCCUCCCCUGGAGGAAUCUCAGCAAGUGGAAGGAAGGGUGUCACGCUGGUGACAGCCACCUUGGGGAUCAUCUGAGAGAGCCUGUGUGGAUUCUCACUCGGGACCUUGCACGUCAAGCCAAGUAAAGCUCGGCUUAACUUGUCCUCUGUGGAAAUAGGUCCACCUGUCGUCACAGUGCCCUCUCUGGCACAGCAUUUUACCUUGUUCUCAGUUCCUCAGCUACGUGUGGCACAGUGUCUGUCUGUUCAACUGUAUUGAAUGAAGUUCAUCUUUGAAAUAUGCUGUCGUGUUGUACCAACUGUUAAAAUAUUUUAUUAAAACAAAAAUGGAAAAUUUCAGGUGCUCUUCAUAUGCAGAGGUUGCUGAGUCCUUCUGCAGCUGCCCUGUAGGCUGGUAUUGUGUAUGUGAAGAAAUGACUUAGCCUACAACUGGGUGAAAUGUGGAAUAUGUUUGGUUGGACCUAAUUGGUUUUUUUCAGGGAAAAAAAUAAAAUAUUUGUACUUGUAAAAGGUGA